AUGGAGCUGCAGGAGCCCGCUGCCAAGCAGCUGCCGAUGUACCCCACUUUCGUCACCUCCGUGGUGAUGCCGGGAGACGGCGGCGCAGCGGCAGUUCAGGGGGACCUCGACCUGCUGCCCGCUCUGGCCCGCUCCGAUGUCGAGGAGCUGAACCUAGAUCGGUGCGGGGAUGUCCCUGCCGCCGUGUGGCAGCAGCUCGGCCAGGCUCAGGGUGAGGAGUUCCAGAAGCUUAGGUGCUUCGAUGAAGAGUCCAAGGGCGUCGAUGGCGCCGCCGGGCUGCUGCUGGCCUUGAGCCGCUGCCAGCUGCUGCAGGACGUGUGCUUCGUCAGGGACCUCUUCGGCAGGGAUUCCCAGGGCGCCGAGGGCGCCGCCGGGCUGCUCUCGGCCUUGGCGCGCUGCCGGCAGCUGCAGGAGCUGCUGAUGGGCUACUGCCGUCAAAUCCCGGCUUCGGCCUGGCAGCAGCUCGAGGGCGCCCAGUGGCCGAAGCUCACGAAGGUGGACUUCGAGGGGCGACUCGGCUUUUGGGCGCCUGUUGGAGUGUGUGUGGUCUCGUCGAGAUGGUUGUUGGGGUGCGAGGGGGGAUGUGGGAGUGGACGAGGUGGCAGGCACCCAGCCGUUUCACAGGAGCGGUCUAACAAAUUGUCAUGGUGUGCUUAG